GUCUGUCCAUUCCCUCAUCCUCCUGGUCCUGCGGGUCAGUCAAUGAAGCUUCACUGAGAGAGAAAGUCAUCAGCUCACAGCAGACAGGGAAAAAUCCCUUGAGCACAGAGGAGAGACGGGGAAAAAAGGAGCGGUAAAUGUCAUCACCUCUGUGGGACCUGAUUGAAGUGACAGCAGUUGACAGAGAUCUCUUUCACCUGCAGCUCAAGUGCUACUAAUCUGUUCAUCUUUGGAAACAACCAGCUUUAAUUCAACCAAACUAACGGCUUCAAUCAGCUCAAGUUUCCUGAGCAGUCCAGCAUCUUUCCCUUCUUUCCCUUCUUUCCUUCUUUUUCCUAAACAACCUGAAGAGGAAUUUUUCCUGCUCUGACCCCAGCGAUGUUUCCCUUCAUCCCCUCCCUCCUCCUCAUCCUCCUCCUGGCUGCACCCGCCCUCCUGACCACAUCAACCUCCCACGAGUUACAGGUCAGAGGUCAAAGGACGCCGAGGGAUGCCAAGCAGGACUCCAUCAAGGUGGUGAUCUCAGAGGGCUGUGCCAAUCAGGGGGAUUCAUCUGAUGUCAGCCAGGGAGGUAAAGAAAUCGACCUGACUCCUGGUUCUCCUCUAGUCCUGACUCAUAAGAUCAAACUGGUUCCAUCAGAUUCAGGUUUAGGAGCUGGGUCUUGUGGUUGCGAGGCGGACUUCGCUGCCCUGCGGGAGCGACUAGAAAGGCUGGAGAGGGAGGUGUCGUCCCUUAGGGAGAAAUGUGGAGGAGCUGAAGGAGGCUGCUGCACCUCGAAGGAGAGCAAAGGUGCAGGUUGCUCCAUCAAACCAGGUUUGGACGGGUGUCCCAACGAGUGCAGCGAUCAGGGUCGUUGCGUUGACGGAAAGUGUGUCUGCUUCACUGGUUUUAGUGGACCGGACUGCAGCAUGUCCAACUGUCCUGGAAACUGCAAUGACAAUGGACGGUGUGUGAAUGGACAGUGUGUGUGUGACCCUGGUUUCACCGGUCCAGACUGCUCACAGAGAGGCUGCCCCGACAACUGCAACAACCAUGGCAGGUGUGUGAAUGGCAGGUGUGCGUGUGACACAGGCUUCGCUGGUCCCAGCUGCUCAGACCAGUCCUGUCCUGGGAACUGCAACAACAGGGGGCGCUGCGUAAAUGGACAAUGUGUGUGCAAUCCUGGGUUCACCAGCCCCGACUGCUCGAAGAAGGCAUGUCCAAACAACUGCAGUGACCGUGGACGCUGUAUGAACGGUAAAUGUGUGUGUGACAGCGGGUUCACUGGUGCUGACUGCUCUGCAGAUUCGUGCCCAGGAAACUGCAACAAAAGGGGGCGCUGCAUCAACGGACAGUGUGUGUGUAAUCCUGGAUUCACCGGACCUGACUGCUCAAAGAGGGCGUGUCCUGAUGACUGCAAUGACCGUGGCAGGUGUGUGAACGGUAAAUGUGUGUGUGACAGUGGCUUCACCGGUGCAGACUGCUCUGAGACCACCUGUCCUGGAAACUGCAACAACAGGGGGCGCUGCAUAAAGGGAGAGUGCAUUUGUGAUGAUGAAUUCAGUGGACCCGACUGCUCUGAAAGAACAUGCCCUAAUGACUGCAGCGACCAAGGCAGGUGUGUGAACGGUAAAUGUGUGUGUGACAGCGGCUUCACCGGCGAUGAUUGCUCUGAGAAAUCCUGCCCGGGAAACUGCAACAACAGGGGGCGCUGCAUUAAUGGACAGUGCGUUUGCGAGGAUAGAUUCACUGGAGCAGACUGCUCUGAAAGAACAUGCCCUAAUGACUGCAGCGACCAAGGCAGGUGUGUGAACGGUAAAUGUGUGUGUGACAGCGGCUUCACCGGCGAUGAUUGCUCUGAGAAAUCCUGCCCGGGAAACUGCAACAACAGGGGGCGCUGCGUUAAUGGACAGUGCGUUUGCGAGGAUAGAUUCACUGGAGCAGACUGCUCUGAAAAAGCUUGUCCCAACAACUGCAGUAACCGUGGGAGAUGUGUGAAUGGGAAGUGUGUUUGCGAUGUGGGUUCUGCUGGGCCGGACUGUGCCGCCAAAGGUUGCCCCAACAACUGCAACAACAAAGGGAGGUGUGUCAAAGGAAGAUGUGUCUGCCGGCGAGGGUUCACUGGACCGGACUGCAGCCAGUGUGAGAGCGGCAUGACUGGACCAAACUGUGACAUCGUCAUGUCUGGGGUUUCUCAGCUGAGCACCAGAGACAUCACAGAGACGUCCGUCACUCUGUUCUGGACUGCACCUCCUGUCCAGUAUGACACCUACUACAUCACUUUCACCAGCCAGAAGGAGAGUGACCAGCAGAUCAAUGUGCAGGUGGAGGGCAGCCUGACCACCUUCACCCAGACGGGCCUAGCAGCUGGUCAGGAUUACACCGCCAGCAUCAUCGGAGAGAUCGACGGCAGGAAAGGAGCCGAGAGCUCCACUGAAUUCAUGACCCUCAUCUCCGGUCCCACUAACCUCAGAGCCGUCAAGACAACUUCCACAUCUGCAGUGGUCCAGUGGGAGCAGUCACAGGGUGAGAUUCACAAGUACCGUUUGACCGUAACGCCCAAUGACAGAGCAGGAAAGAGUCAAGAAAUGAUCAUCCCAGCUGGCCAAGACUCCGCCCACAUCCAGCAGCUGGAAGCGGGGCGUUUGUAUGACAUCAUACUGGUAGCGGAGAAGGGCACGAGUCAGAGUAAACCAGCAACCACCCAGGUUACUCCAGGGAACAUAUUACCAGGGGUUACCACAGCAGCUUUGACCAUGCAGAUCACAUUAGCACCUGGACAAGAUGUUGAAGACAGAGACCAAGAGGUUAACCCAUCGCCUGAGGUGCAAGUCUUUGACCAACAGGGGAGGAGGGAGGAUGGGAGCGAGGCUGACUCUAUAAAUAAAGUCGGAAGUAUCGAUGGACCAAACAGAGACUCCUCAACCUCUGUGACUGCAAAAACUAAACCUCUGGUCAGCAGAAUGGUGGCAGUAAAUGGCACCAGGCCCAAAGUCCCUGGAAGGCCCACAUUGUACAAGAAGCCAAAUGUCUCAGGCCCUUUCCGUUUCAACACAACCAAAGUUGUGCCUGGACGGAAAAAGGUUGGCCCAGGCCCUUUGAAAAAGCCCCCAGUGGGGCAGAAGAAGAAGGCACCAAUAUUACCCAAAAAACUAAAACCAGGUGUCCACACUAUUGGAGACAGGACAAUAGCUUUGACUGUGAGAGACCCAAGUGUAGAUGCAUCACCCAAUGAGAGGAGGGAUGACAAGAAUCCAGCUAAAAUGUCUGGGACUGAUUCAGAUACAAACAGACAAAGUAGCUCAGAGGAACCAACUGUCGGUUCCAAAGAGCAACCAGAUGUUGGCAUGGCAGGCCAAGGAAAUGACACUGCUCCAGUGUCUUCAGAGCCAACUAGGACUGUUCAAAGCCAAGAAAAGAAAUGUAUGAACAAAGUUAAAGUGACACACGUCAGAUUACCCCAUCGGGGCAGAGGCAGUGGGUGUAGAGGGGAUGGAACAGUGCUAGUUGGACAGACACCAGGUUCAGAUCAAGGUUCUUCUGGAGCAGAUGAUUUGAAACCCUUGUCUGCAGAGACAGACCUCGACUAUACACCAGACCCUUUACAUAAACUCCUAACUGACACUUUUGACAGUUUGAAUAUCACAACAUUUUCUGUUCACCUGUCUAACCCAUCAAACCUCUCUGUUAAUGCAGAAACAGUAAGAAGGCAGAUGUUCAGGGAACUGAAGCCACUGGCACCAUCCUUGUCCGAGUCUUCACGUUUAUCAUCGUCGCAUUCAUCAACCUUACAAUCAUCGUCAUCACAUUCAUCAUCACCCCUUUCCAGCUCUGAUGAAUCAGGUUCAGUUGGCAGCAAUGAACUAGAUGCUGAAAACAGCAAAAAUAAACCUGAAAUUACAUCACCUGAAGACCAAAAACUACCACCCACAGGAAAAGGUGGCGCACCUCUUUUCCACCCAACACCUGCAAAACAUUCAUAUAUUACGUCAGCUGGAGACAGAAAACCACCACCAUCAUCAUCAUUGGCAUCAGCUCCAUCCUCAUAUUCUUCAGCACCACCUUUAUCAUCAUCAACUACAGCACCAUCAUCAUCAUUACUACAGUCCUCAGCUGCACCAUUGUCAUCAUUGCCAUCAUCUUCAUCCUCACCCUCUUUAGCACCACCUUUAUCAUCAUCAACAGAAGGACCAUCUUUGCUAACAAAUUUUAUUUCACCAUCUCUGUCAUCAUCACCUUCAUCUCCAUCAUUGUCCCUUUCCAGUUCAGAUAAAUCAGGUUCAGUUGGAAGCAAUGAACAAGAUGCAGAUAACAGCAGAAUUACAACUGACGUUACAUCACCUGAAGACAGAAAACUACCACCCUUAGGAAAAGGUGGCGCACCUCUUUUCCGCCGAACACCUGCAAAACAUGGACACAUACGUCGCCCACGCCCAAAUUUUGGAUCAUUUCAGAACAAAACCCGUCUAAAUUUAAGAGAUCCUCACCUUUCAACUCCUCAUUUGAAACUCACCCUGAGAAAACAGACAGAGACUAGACAUGCAUCCACAAGUGAAUUAUCGUCUACACUAUCAUCAUCUGCUUCAGAGGACUCUUCCUUAGUUGAAGCAAUUGCAGCAGUGAGGGAUACAAGUGCAGACAAAGAUUGGGCAACUACACCCACAUCCUCUGGAAUUAAACAAUUGCAGAAAAAUAUGCCAACAGAAAGAGGACGAAUCCCAAUGCGGCAUCUUCCUCCAAAAGGAGGAUACAUGCGUCGGAUAAACUUUGGACCAUUUCAGAACCGAACUCGUCCAAAUUUGAGGCUGCGGCCUCCCUCAGCUCGACCUUUAAAUCCUGCAUCAGAAACAAAGAGAGAUCAUAUAUCUUCCACUGAAUUGCCAGCCACUUCUGUUUCCAAAGAACCAUAUCCAGCUAAAGGUGCAGGGCCAAUAGUAGCAGAGAAUGAAGACAGAGUUGGGACAAGAAUAUCCUCAACAAACAUGUCCACUGAAUUUAAUCAGACCCUCAGAGGAAGUGGAGUGCCUUCCUCUCAUCGCCCAACCACCAAAAUUGGUCAUUUCCGUCACCCGCAACUGCAUGGUGGACGUGUCCAAAACAAAACCCGUAUAAACCUGAGAUCACCCCAACAUCCACAAAGAGGUCCCAUGCGCAAGCCUCUUCCAACCAAAAACCUGAAUGGAAGCAGCAGCAUUCCUGUUGAAAGUCGGUUUAGCCAAUUAAAAAAGGAUACCACCCCUAAAAUCCAAGAAAAACAAUCAGGAAGCCAGGCUAUACCCAUGCCUACCCAAAGAGUCCAGUUAGAAAAGGAUACUACUCCUGAAAUCCAAGAUAACCAAUCAGGAGGCCAGGCUGCCCCCAUGCCUACCCAAAGAGUCAAACUAGAAAAGAAUAGUACCCCUGAAACUCCAGAUAAUCAAUCAGAAGAGCAGGCUGCCCCCAUGCCUACCCAACAAGUCCAAUUAGAAAUGCAGAGUAUUCCUGAAAUCCAAGAUAAUCAGCUGGGUGAGCAGGCUGCCCCCAUGCCUACCCAACGAGUCCAAUUAGAAAUGGAGAGUAUUCCUGAAAUCCAUGACAAUCAACUGGGUGAGCAGGCUGCCCCCAUGCCUACCCAAGGAUUCCAAAUUGAACAAUCAGGGGACCAGCACACUGCAGAGGUAACUCCAAGAGCCCAGAUAGAUGGCCAUGUCACCACCAUCAGACCACAGAUUAACAAAUCAGAAGAGGGGAACAAUGCUCCAGUCCAAACUACAAAAUCUGGGGAAGAAGAAAAUAUCAUACCAGAUUCAACCACUGACAUCCAUAAAGAAAGAGUAAUUGCUGGCAAAAAUAUUGGCACUACAAGUCAAGGUAGACUGACGACCAAUCAAACUGCCUCUGAUUCAAGAUAUAGAACCCCAAAACGAGUCACACUUCCAAAGAGACGACCACCAAUGAAAGGACCACAUCAGACUCAAAUAAGACACUACAACAGUGGGAGCCAAAGAAGACAGGAUACAAAAACACACAAUACUACAAAACGGUUGUUUGGCAAGAGACCCGAACAAAGAAGAAGUGAGGAUUCAAAACUUAAGGCUGGAUCUUCUUCUGGAGUUACAAGGGAACCUCUUGACUAUGUUGGAGUGACAAACCGGACCUCAGAUGGAUUUACACUCAUAUGGGACUCACCUGAAGAGAAGUACAAAAACUUUGUUGUGACAAGCCAAAAUGUUGAGAAAGAUGAAAGGCCAAAGCCGAAGGAAAGCAAGAACAAUCUGGAAGAAGACCAAGGAGGUCCUAAGAAACAAGGUGGCAAUAGAGAGGAGGAAGGAAAGCAUCAACCAACCAAAGAAACAGAAUCAGAAAAAGGAGGCAGUGAAGGUGAAAACAGAGUACCUGAAAGUGUCUCUACACAAGUCCGGAAGAUCCAAAGCAGCUCAAAAGCCAAACUUGUAACAGGAAGUGGUGAAAUCUUCAAAAAAGUUGUUCCUGGUUCAGCUCGAUCCUUCCAGUUUGAGAAUCUGCCUCCUCAGACGGAGUACACCGUGACCUUGCUUGGAAAGGGUCCUGGCUUGCUGUCCAAACUGCACAAGCUUGUCAUCAGUACAGGCCCGGAGCCUCCGACGGACAUUGUCUUCAGCGAAGUGACAGAUAACUCUCUGACGGUGUCGUGGACCAAACCUAAGACUCCCAUCAGUGGUUUCAAGGUCACCUACACCCACACAGAGGAGGGUGAGCCAGUGUCGGUGUCUGUGGAUUCAGACGACUCCACCGUUGGCCUCUCACAGCUCUCACCUGGUUCUUCCUACGAGGUCAGCGUCAUCUCCAUCCUCGGGCUGGACGAGAGCGAUCCAAUCAAAGACUUUGUCAUGACACUCCCUGACCCUCCCACAGACCUCCGAGCUGUGAACAUCACAGAUACCAAAGCCUUGUUGUUGUGGCGUCCAGCGUUGGCCACUGUUGAUAAAUACGCCAUCGUUUAUGGUUCUGGGACAGAUUCAGAGUUGAGGAUCACGGUUUCUGGAAACGCAGCAGAGCAGCAGCUGAGUGGACUGGAAGGAUCCACCACCUACACCGUCACCAUUACCAGCCAGCUGGGCAGUAAGGAGAGCUCAGUGGCAUCCACAAGCUUCACCACCACCGGGGGCUCUGGAAGGGACGGGGACGGUCCUCGUGAUCUCCAAGCUAACAAUGUGACACCUCGGACUGCCUUGUUGUCAUGGAAACCUCCCUUAAAUCCAGCGGGCGGCUACAGACUUACCUAUCAGACCGACGGUCAAGAACUGAAGGAAGUGAUUGUGGACGCCUCGCUAACAGAGUACAACCUUACAAAACUUCAUCCUGGCUCGAAGUACACAGUGCAGCUGCAGGCAGAGGGAGGAGGCCGAUACACUUCCGCCAUCUCCACUGACUUCACCACCGGCACCCUGAGGUUCCCCUUCCCCGCAGACUGCUCUCAGGAGCUGCUGAAUGGCAUUCGGACAUCGGGCGAAGUGGAGAUCUUCCCACAAGGGAAACUUGGGACACCGAUGAUGGUUUUCUGCGACAUGGAGACAGACGGAGGAGGCUGGAUGGUCUUCCAGAGAAGGAAGGACGGCUCUGAGAAUUUCUUCAGAGGGUGGAAAGACUACACUAAAGGAUUUGGGAGUCUGAGCGGAGAGUUUUGGCUCGGCCUCGAGGCCCUCCACAACCUGACAGCGAUGACCAGGAUGAUUCUGCGUGUUGACCUGCAAGACAAAAAUGAUGCGGUGUAUGCCAAAUACUCGACAUUCGAGGUGGCGAAGAGGAACUACAAACUGACUGUGGGUGGAUACAGCGGCACUGCAGGUGACUCUCUCAGUUAUCACAACCAGCGGAUUUUCUCCACCAAAGACCGGGAUCUGGCGCCCUUCAUCACACGCUGUGCCAUGUCGUACCGAGGAGGCUGGUGGUACAAGAACUGCCAUGAAGCGAACCUCAACGGCCUCUACGGCAUCAGCGUCAAACACCAGGGUGUAAUCUGGACCACCUGGAGAGGAAAAGAUUUUUCCAUCCCAUUCACUGAGAUGAAGAUGAGACCAGCAGCCUUCAGAGGAUGAGGAUGAAACAGAGGAUAAUGAACUGCUAAACACACAAUGCAGGAUGGACAGCAAUGUGUACAUACAUGUGCAGACACACAAACACACACACUUGAACACACACACGCAUUCAAACACACAAUAAUUUUGAACAGGGAGCCUUGCUCUCACUUCUGAGGAGAUGAAGACGUAUUUUUUCAUGUGUAUAGAGGUCAGUUAUCAGUAUGUUACUGUAGAUUGUACAGUUUUUUAAGCAUCUUGUUAAAGCAGGGCUGCUCCUAGCUCCUCUAUAUUUAAAGGGUCAGUUCACCCACAUUACAAAUCCACCUCCCCAUCAACCCAUGCAAUAUUCUGAGACACCUGAAACUUCACAUAUAAUGCAGAAUCACUUUACAGGUGUACAUGUAGCUGAUGUUUGCAGCACUUUAACCUUUUUUGUCAAGUUUAAUGGACCAAAACAGCAACUUUUUCAUUGUUUUUGAUGUAAAUAAAUAUCAGCCAGUCGCCAAAGAGUUAAACAUGCAGUAAAAUAUAGAAUCAUUAUUUUAUCAUUUGGUGCUGGUCAAGCAGAAACCUUGUCUCCAGAAUGUUUACUAUUCAGGAAAUAAAUGAUUGUUUUGAGCUUGAUGUAUGUUGACUUCAUCCUGUGGGACUUAAAAAGGGGAGGAUUUACAGGUUUGUGUGUUUUUUCAACGUGACAAGUUCUCCAAGAAUGUAUUUCUAAUUGAGUUCAUCUGAAAUAAAACCAAACAAAGGA